AGGAACUGCGAUGACCUUCGAGUUAGGAAAUAAUGAGACUGCAAAAUUGUUGUGUUUUCUUGUGUGGAAGAGCAGGAUGUUUUAGUCUUGUUUGGAAUGGAACAUGAUCAUUCAGGGUGCUCCUUUGUCGUUUUUACUUUGAAUGGACGAUUGUGCUAACUUAGCAUUCUGCUUCCAGGAGCUCGCCCUUCAAUACACAAUCUAUUAAAUACAAUAGCAAGGAUUCCCUACACUAUAAUGCAAAGCGUUAGGGCCGGAUCCUCCAACACACGCAUUGUGGUAUUAAAACAAAAUCCCAUCACGCAUGGAACUCUCGAGAUAGUGGAAAAUACCAGCUACAACAUCCAGUGAUGUGUGACCCGGAGGCACGGAGCUGACUAGAAUACCGACGGGCCAGAAUUUCAACACGCGGAUUUUGAAUCUUUUUUUCUACUUAGCCUAAUAAGUUUGGGUCUUUUACUUAACGUCUCUCUAGGCGGCUCAGCUUCAAGUUCUGCAAAUUGGAGAUAAUAUCAUUAAGUUACAGAUGUUAUUUGAAAAGGCAACGAACCAUUGUAACUAUUUUUGUAAAUCAUGAAGGUACAUUAUAAGAAAAGAAGGAGGAAAAUGAGAGGUAACUUGUGCAUUGUUGGAUGUUGUUUGCCUGUUCUGCUUUUUCUCUUGUCCAGCAAGGCUUGGGUAGACAAUCAUACAUCAUGAAUGGUUAACUUGAAAACUGAGUUCUACUGGAAAGACUGGCAGGCAAGCAGAGGUCGGAAUCCCGUCGUUUCUAAGUGUCUGGUAAUCUUUGCCACUGCUAAGAUUACCUGGGGGUAGAAGCACCGUCGGUAGGAACAAGAUGUGCCCCUUCACUCCCCGAAAGCUCACUUAUCCUGCGCAGACAUGUUGAAGGGCCGUCGGGCUUCAGAGCCCAAAUCUCGGCUCUGCAGAGACGUCCCCUUCCCCCGCCUCCACCAACCGCUCUUCGGCAUGCAGAAAAGCGGUCCCCACCCCUUCCACGCCCCUGCCCCACCUCUUGCCCCCCUUUACAACCCCCUCUUCUUUGCCCGGGGUGGUUUGUUCCAAGGAGUACAGAUAGUCUUGUCAAAAGGCGCAGCUUACCGCGGUGCGCGCGGAUUCUGGACUUGGGCGCCAACUCGUAGUCCACGCUCCCCGGGGUCAGCAGAGGGGCGCUCACGCUCUCGCCACCCACCUCGCUUUCUCACCCCGCGCUUCCCGGCCUGGGUUUUUAGUCUUCCUUGGAGCGCUCUCUGGCCUCCGCCUCCGCCAGGGAGCGGAAGGCGGAGACAGCGAGACUGGCCAGGGGGGAGGAAAGAGGACGCGUGUGGGCAAGGGGGACAACGGGAUGUCCACGGGCUCGGUGAGUGAUCCGGAGGAGAUGGAGCUUCGGGGGCUGCAGCGGGAGUACCCGGUCCCCGCCUCCAAGAGGCCGCCCCUCCGCGGCGUAGAGCGCAGCUACGCCUCGCCCAGUGACAACUCGUCGGCAGAGGAGGAGGACCCCGACGGCGAGGAGGAGCGCUGCGCUCUGGGCACAGCCGGCAGCGCGGAAGGCUGCAAGAGGAAGCGGCCCCGUGUGGCUGGGGGCGGCGGCGCAGGUGGUAGCGCGGGCGGUGGUGGCAAGAAGCCCCUCCCGGCCAAGGGCUCAGCCGCAGAGUGCAAGCAGUCGCAGCGGAACGCGGCCAACGCCCGUGAGCGUGCCCGGAUGCGCGUGCUGAGCAAAGCCUUCUCCAGGCUCAAGACCAGCCUGCCCUGGGUGCCCCCCGACACUAAGCUCUCCAAGCUGGACACGCUCCGGCUGGCUUCCAGUUACAUCGCUCACCUGCGGCAGCUGUUGCAGGAGGACCGCUAUGAGAACGGCUACGUGCACCCAGUGAACCUGACAUGGCCAUUCGUGGUCUCGGGAAGACCGGACUCUGACACCAAAGAAGUUUCCGCAGCCAACAGACUAUGUGGAACCACCGCUUAAAUCGGACUGGAACUCACUUGAUGGGAUUAUUCGUUAAAUGCGAGUGUUUGGGGGCCACGGAGAGAAGGGAGAGCUCGUGAGAUGGGAAGAAGUUUCCGCUAGAUUCUCCUUGACCCUUCCCCUUUCCCUGGAACUGUGAUCGUGACAGGUGGCGGGUGUGGCUGUCACUGCACAGCGCCCACGGCUACAGCUGCGCCGGAUCUGGGCGACCACGUUUUGCCUCUCCAAAAAGAGCCUCCUUUCGUGACGAGACGCGGACGCAGGUCCGCUCUCGGGCCCUAGCUCUGUAGACUAACUCUCGGCUGCUGCCCCAGCCCGCGCCAGACAGCCCACGGAUCCGUUCUCAGCGGAGCCAGAUUCAUCGCACACGUGCGGGACGGUUCCACACAGCCCGGGCCUUUCGCGGUGACACAAUGGUUAGGGAACGGUUAGACCGCGCUCUACAUCCGCUUUAAAGACAGAGGUCUAGACGUGAGAUCCGCGUCGGGACAGGGUUUUAAGUGACAAAGAAGGGCGAGUGGCUUCUCUUGGCCAGGUUCGUACUCCAGCACAGCGCCCUUCUAACGGGCGGGAGGAAGCCCGCUGCUCCAGGGCUAGGUGGAGACACACUUCCCAGAUCACCGCAGGCGGGUUUUACCCGGAGAGCUCUGGGCCGUUCGGCCUCCCUGCCGGGUGGCUUCUUCAAUCCCGUCUCCUUCCCAACCUCCCGGCUUUUUCUAAUGAAGCAGGCGUCUGUCAACCCUCUCCACUUCUGGGCUGAAGCCUCCCCAAGCCCCGCUGCGCCAACCUGUGUGGGGUCUUCUUCGGGCCUCCCUCUCCGUCCCGCUCCUGCUCCUACCUGCAGCACCCCCAGCUCCGACUCCAGACUCUGCAUCAGGUCUCCCCACUCCAAGCUCCGGGCGCCCCAACUCCAACACCGCGUCCUGCCGCGCAGGUUCUUCCCCGCCCGGAGGAGCGCGCAGGGUGGGCGGCUUACCAUAGCAAGUGAUCCUGCGAUGGGGGACGCGCCCUUGCCCCGAGGCUGCACUACCACAGGAAAUAACAUAUGUAAAUAAAUUUAUUUUUUUAUGAAUAAUAAAACGCGCUGUAAAAACUG